UUUUCAAGUAUUGAAGCAUGGAUAAGCCCAAUUCUCGAUGCUUGAUUAUCACACGCGUCAGGAAAACCAACCAUCAAGACCCAAAAUGACAUCUCUAAACUUAUACCAUAUGAUGGAAUGAAAACGCCUUAUUUUCUCAACGCGCCUAAGAUGAGUGCGUGCAAAUAUCCCUUAGUCACACUCACAUUUAUUUAAUCGCACAUUCAAACUCAACACUACACACAAAUAUCAGACUCUUUGAUUUUAUAGUAUUUGUUUUUCUUUUUCAGUGUUUUUUUUCCUUUGUUUCACUUUUCAAAUUUUGUCAUGGAGUUCAAAUAUCGUGAUGAUCAAAUCCAAAGGACACCAUCACCUUUGCGGCACCCUCUUCCUUCCAACACCUACGUCUCCAAUCGCCCAUUACAAGGGUGUGACUUUGUAUCAGGUGGCUUUCCCAGAAAUGUUUCAGUGCCUAGAGUUUUUCUAAUGGCCAUGCCGAUCAAUGUCAAUGAAGUGUUCCAACGAGAGUUGGAGAAAGAGAAAAUAUGGCGAGAGCUAGAGAAGGAAGGAAUCAGGAGAGAAAUCAUUGCUCGCGAGAUGACAUUUGCACAACAACGAGAACUGGAAGAUGAAGUGAGAAAAGAAAUAGAAUUGGAAAGAACAUUCAGAAUCUCGAUGCAACGAUCAAAUGGGAUCACAUUUCGAGAACCAGUUUCAGUGUCUUUUAAUCAUAGUAUGGGUCCGUUGAAUAAUAUUACCAUGUCUGGAGGGCUACCAUUCCAUUUACUGUCACAAGCUUCUAAGCAAAUUAACAAGGAUAAAGUGAUUAUACUGAAUAAGCCAGAUGAUCAUUGUGGUGAAAAGCGCAAAGCAAUGACACUUGCAAUUGAUGACAAUGAGAGUCUACAGAAGAAAUCCAAGAAGGACUGGAGUUGCGAGUUGUGUCAAAUUUCUGCAACAAGUUUGAAAGGCUUGAAUGAUCAUAUUCAAGGGAAAAAACAUAAGGCUAACAAAGAAUCCACUAGAACUCAAAAAAUAGGGUUGGAUUCAAGACCAGAAAGUGAAACACUUCAUCCUUGUUUAACACCCGCGGACACAUGCAAACUGGAAUCUAAAGAAAAGGGCCAGGUUGUCCAAAAGGGCAAAGGUUUAGGUGAUUUGGACGAUCAAAAUGAAACAACUACUAGUAAACAAGCACAGGAAACAAGCGCACUGUCAAAAGGGAAGAAAUUUGAAUUUUGGUGUGAGCUUUGUCAAGUUCAAACUCAAUCAGAAAUUGUCAUGCAAAGUCAUCAGAAUGGAAAAAAACACUUGAGAAAUAUGAAGAAAUUGAAUCACAACAAUGAUGGUGUUGCAAAUCUUGGAUAACAAUAAAACCCAUGUUAUGUUGUGUCGUGUGUAGAUUAAUUCAUAAAUGUUUAUUUCUUUC